GUGAGGCCAGGCCAGGCCCGGCGGACCGGAGCGCACCGGCGAGGGCGAGGGCGAGGCGGCCGCAGCUGGGACCGGCCUGCCGGGAAGGGGGGAGCCUCGCCGGCGCGGCCUUCCUGCGGACAAUGGCAGGAAAAGUAAAAUGGGUGACUGACAUAGAGAAAUCAGUGCUAAUAAACAACUUUGAAAAGAGAGGCUGGAUCCAAGUGUCGGAAAAUGAAGACUGGAACUUCUACUGGAUGAGUGUGCAAACUAUUCGAAAUGUUUUCAGUGUUGAAACUGGUUACCGCCUCUCUGAUGACCAGAUAGUCAACCAUUUCCCAAACCACUAUGAACUCACCAGAAAAGACUUAAUGGUCAAAAAUAUCAAGAGGUAUAGAAAAGAACUAGAAAAAGAAGGUAGUCCUCUUGCUGAGAAAGAUGAAAAUGGAAAAUAUCUUUAUUUAGACUUUGUGCCUGUCACCUUUAUGCUCCCAGCGGAUUACAAUCUAUUUGUCGAAGAAUUCCGUAAAAACCCAUCCAGUACCUGGAUUAUGAAACCCUGUGGAAAAGCUCAAGGGAAAGGGAUAUUCCUUAUCAAUAAACUGUCACAAAUUAAAAAGUGGUCUCGAGACAGCAAAACAUCUUCGUUUAUAUCCCAGUCCUCCAAAGAAGCAUAUGUGAUUUCUCUGUAUAUCAAUAAUCCACUACUGAUUGGAGGAAAGAAAUUUGAUCUGCGUUUGUAUGUAUUAGUAUCUACUUAUCGUCCUCUGAGGUGUUACAUGUAUAAACUUGGGUUUUGUCGGUUUUGCACAGUCAAAUAUACACCAAGCACAAGUGAACUAGACAACAUGUUUGUGCAUCUUACAAAUGUUGCCAUUCAGAAGCAUGGGGAUGAUUACAAUCAUAUCCACGGUGGCAAAUGGACUGUAAGCAACCUGCGCUUGUAUCUAGAAAGCACUCGUGGGAAAGAUGUCACCAGUAAGCUCUUCGAUGAAAUACACUGGAUAAUUGUGCAGUCAUUGAAGGCUGUUGCACCUGUAAUGAACAAUGAUAAACACUGCUUUGAAUGCUACGGAUAUGACAUCAUAAUUGAUGACAAGCUUAAGCCUUGGCUUAUUGAGGUCAAUGCUUCUCCAUCUCUUACUUCCAGUACUGCGAAUGACCGUAUUCUCAAAUAUAAUCUUAUUAAUGACACUCUUAACAUUGCUGUACCCAAUGGGGAAAUUCCAGAUAAUAAAUGGAAUAAAUCACCCCCAAAAGAAGCCCUUGGAAAUUAUGAGAUUUUAUAUGAUGAAGAGAUGGCCCAAAGCGAAGGGCCAGAUCGCGAUUUAAGAAGCCGCUCUGGACAGUCUAUCGGACUUAAAGGAAACCGAGCCAGAGACUUUGGGAAACCCGGGCCUACUACAUGGAAGUAAUUGCAGCAUGAACUAGAGGCUGAUACUUCCUGAAAUUAAGGGCUGUGGUUUUGGUAGUUCUUUUGAAAUGAUUUUGGAUGACUCUCUUCUCUUUUGCUGAACGCCCUGAAAGGGGAAGGUAAUGUUGCUGAAACAAACAAAAACGUUUUCUGUACUGUGGUGACAAGUACAGUGGAGGUCUGAACAAAAUUGACUUAGUGGCAUAUAUAAACAUCUUUUAUUGAUCAGUGUGUUAGGUUUUACUGUCAGAUUGUUAUGCUACAUGUAGUAUUAAACUAUGUUAUUAAUUCAUGCUGUAUGAUUCUGAUUAAACCUUUACAAAACAAGUUUGCAUUUCUGUCUCUUCUGUUAGGAAA